CAAUUCAAAAGGGUGGUGUAUCUCCACAGGCUAUCGGUGUUCUUUUUCGUACUUGGUUUACACGAUUUGCUUUAGCGUACGUCCGGCAAUGUGCCUGCCCCCUUUUUCUUAACGUAUGUGGGUUGUAAACUCGAGUGCAUAAUACGCCACAGUUCUCCCCAGUUGUUACCUGAAGUGCAGACAAACCAGAGGUAGCCAACGGCAGUCUUGACGCCCGUACACAGCUAAUGCCGUGGGAUGAGACAAAACAAACUCGACUCUGCGCAGAAGACGGGCCUGGAUAGAUCUUCGUUCGGUACGCCAGCAUCACAUCGUUUUGUAGUUCACAACACCGACAACGCCUCCCCUAUGACUGUGAGAACAAGAGCCGGGUGUGCGGGUGCACAAUCCAUCGGCGCAGUCUUUGGAGGCGCUCGUCGUUGCCUGCGUGUUUGAACUCCGCUGUCGGUGAAAUGUCGUCCACAACGCCCAAAUCAACAGGGUCGUGCGGGGCGGCGGCCGCCGACGGCGUGCUUUGCGUCUACCUGUCAUCCUGGGAUCACGUAAUGGGACCCCAACUCGUGUUCUGUUGGCGCAUGGAGUGCCCCGGAGUGCUCUCCGCCGACGACUCGCCUCAUUGCGCCCCUCACUACCUCAAAUGCCACCAGUUCCUCGAGAACCCAGAAGCCUUCCUCGUUCGGAAUGAAGCACCCCAGCAGGCCAGCCGCCGCCCGACGGAGCUGGAGGAGACGUACGCAUCUAGCGUGCUCCAGCUGCUGCACGGGGGCCUGGAGCAGCGGCACACGCGGUCCUGCCUGCUGCUGCUGCCGGACAAGCGGGUGGCCCUGCACGCGGUGACCUUCUCCCUGACGGGGGCCCCCGUCAGCGUGACCGCGGUCUUCCGCCUGGCCGCCCUCAAAGACCUCUGGCUCCUGCUCAACCUCACCGACCUCGCCCUCGCCCGGGUGGCGCUCGUCUGCCGGACCCCCGGGCGUGACCUAAUGAAGAACCUGAGCAAGGCCACGACGCUUCUCAACCGGUACUUCCACCUGGCUGCGUCGCUCCUACGUACAAGGACUCUGGACAAGAGGGCAUCUGUGGAUGCCCUGAGCAAAGACUGCAUGCCGGAAGACUUGAUGCGACGCGCACUCCAGUCGCACUUGCAAACUCGUCGUUGUUCCGUCGUCUUAGGGGACAGUGCUGCGCAGGUGGAGGCCACGCUUCGGGCACUCACGGCGUUCCUGGACCACGAGGAGCUGUCGUGCUCCCUCUGGGAGGGGCCACGGGGUUCCCGGGAGGAGGGCCUCCCUCCGUGCUACGUGCCGGGCCUGCAGCUGCAGGGGCUAGUGCGGACCCCGCUGGGAGGGGCGGGACCCCUGUCGGCCCGCGAGCUCCUCUGGUCCCCCCACCCGUCCACCGUGGUGGACGUCAGCCAGGGACGCGUCUGGCAGUGCCCGCUCCAUGUGGGCUUCAGGGCGCCGCUCACACGCAACGUUCGGAAAUGCCCCGUAGGCGUCAUCUGGCUCCGCCGUCUGCCCCUCUUGGCUGCUUUGCAGGCUCAAGGCGGCACGCAGCCCCGCGAUGGAGUCACAGGUGUCUCAGUUCGUGCAGCACGUGUCGAAGCUCGGAGGCACGCCCGCUGCAGAACACCUUCUACUGGCCUUCAAGCGUCUGCUGCGUGCCAAGGCGUCGGCACUCAUCCAGUGUGCGUCCCGUUCCCGGCGAGCACUUUCCACGAAAUACCUCCAGUCGGUGCUUGCAGUUCCGUACCUCUCGGACUUCGAAGUCAUCCUGGCCCAUGCCGAAAAACUUCGGCCGGGUCUGUCACGCUACGUGCUGCCACCUGCGUGAAACCGUGAACUACCAAAUUUGUGCGAAGGAGGGGGAGGGGGGGGGGGGGUGCAAAAUAAUAAAAAAGUCUAAACAAAAUUUACUUCAGAAA